ACCCCCUAUUUCAAUCUUCUUACCACCAACAUCAAUGGCUACCCUCGUUGAUGUGAAAGUCGCUGAUGACAGCAGUACACCUCCUUCGUAUCACAAAGUCUUAGCAAGACCCAUUCAAUGCGAUCAAUCAUCUAUAUUUUCCUUUGGUCUCAUGAAGAAGAAACGUGCAGCUGUUCUAUCCCGCAUCCGUGACAUCGUCUUAGCCCCUGACUACAUCCCUUGUUUUGUGGUUCCAAAAGUCAUUGCCUGCGCUGCCACUCUCCCAGUUACCGAGUUCUCCAAAAUCCUGACACAACUCAAUAUCGAAGGCCACACAGCACCGUAUUGGGCAAUUGUGAACAAUCGGCCACAUGCUCUUUGGGCAUUUAUCAAGUUCAUUUCCGGCACGAGUCCCUCUGUUUCUUCCGACUUGCGCAUUGCUUGCAUGAUAACCAACGACCAUUCAAUGUUUAAGGAGCUCAAUUUUGGAAACUUUAGUGAAGACAGGCGUUCGAGAUGCAUUUUAGGACGUCUACCAGAUGAAAUCCAGGUACACACACGCGACAAACCCAUCAAGCAGUUCGAUGUUGUUUUUCGAAUCAAGAUGUUCCAGAAACGCCUGCGCACUGCUACUGACAAAAUUCUGCGCUUCGAAUUUGUCGCAGGGGGACGCAUAUGGUGGUUUAGCUUCUACAUACCAGAGCCUAGCUAUGGAUCAUGCCGCACCGCUCUUGGUCUCAGUCAGCAUAGCUAUCAAGCGCGUUUUAACGCUGUACUUUUGAUCGAGGCACAUAGCCGGAAACCUGGUCGUGCAGCCCCACCUGAAGCGCUGAAAAUUCCAUUAUCAUUAACAGAUACAAAUUGUCUGGCCCUUGUACCCUGGCAAUCCCCCGAGGGCAUUGAAUUCGAGCCUCCAAAAAUGACUUGGAACAUAUGGGAUGAGGUGGGCGAUUGGGUAUUGUACAACAAUACGGAAUAUGUAGAUGACGAGGGCACUUUAAAUGCGAAGCUGCAGAUGACAUUGUUAUGAAUCCAACUAGUCGAUGUAAUGGAGUUCACUUCACUCAAAAAAAGCAUGU